CACUAUAUUGUGGGAAAGCUAAUUAAGAAAACUAGAAGGGGCCAAUCCCCAAAUAACAUAAGCGUUUCCAAGGGCCAACACAGUGAAGCAAAAACUCACUCGUCGAGGAGCUAAAAAUCGUGAAUACCUGCCCUCAAAACCCCGGGUUUCCUCACCACUCAGUCGCUCCAUAUGGCUAGGGUUCCGAGCAAUCAUAGCCGCGAUCAACUUCAGGGCGUCGAGGGGCUAUUGAAUAAUCUGCAGGACUGGGAACUGUCAUUGAAGGACAAGGACAAGAAGAUGAAACAAGAGCCCCCAGGCAAAGAGAAGCUGAGACACGGGCUAAAACCUGCUAGUCAACUUUCUAGUGUUCCUCAAUUUGAUGGAAAACCAUCCGAAAAACCAAACUCUAGCUCUGCUGCUGCCAAUCAAUAUAGCUAUUUGCAGAAGUAUGAUUCAAUUGGUCAUUUAUCAAGUCGUUUCAAGACAGAAGAUAGUUUUGCUGAUGCUAAUUCAGAGAAAGAGUUGGGAAAUGAGUUAUUUAAGAAGAAAAAAUUCAAUGAAGCAAUUGAUUGCUACUCUAGAAGCAUCGUCUUGUCACCAACUGCAGUAGCUUAUGCCAACAGGGCUAUGGCUUAUCUUAAGAUCAAAAGAUUCCAAGAGGCUGAGGAUGACUGCACAGAAGCUUUGAAUUUGGAUGAUCGAUACAUCAAGGCAUAUUGCCGACGUUCAACUGCUAGAAAAGAGCUUGGAAAAUUAAGAGAAUCUGUUGAAGAUGCAAAUAUUGCCUUGAGGCUGGAACCGCAUAACCAUGAGGUUAAGAAGCAGUAUGGUGAAGUAAAAGCUUUAUUUGAAAAGGAAAUUCUUAAGAAGGCAUCUGGAAUGACCAAAGGUUCAGUUUAUAGGGAAGAAAGGUCUGCACUGCCAAAGCAUGAUAUAAAUAAAUCAGAAGACACUGUUCAUUCUGUAUCGAGUAGUUCUCAGCGGAUUACAGAAAUACAGGGGGGUAAUGGAAUUGUCUCUAAGAAAUUCUCAACAAACAUCGAAGCUAGUCCUAUGCAACUUGAUCCAAAAGAGCCAGAUGCUACAGGGAAUGAUGCUACUCGUAAAUCUUCAAUAACUAGACCAGAGUUUCUGCAGAGAAACCGAAAAAGUGGCAAUCAUGAGAUGAAGGAAACUGUGCAAGAGCUUGCUGUCCGAGCAGCUAAAUAUGCCAAAGCCGAAGCUGUAAAAAAUAUUGCACCACCAAAUUCUGCUUAUCAGUUUGAGGUUACUUGGCGUGGACUUUCUGGUGAUCGUAAUCUACAAGCUCAAUUAUUGAAGGUGACGUCACCCAUUUCAUUACCACAGAUAUUUAAGAAUGCAUUAACUGCCUCUGCACUUAUGGACAUUCUCCGGUGUAUUGCCACAAUUUUUAGGGAAGAUGAAGAGUUGGCUGUUAAGUACUUGGAAAAUUUGCCAAAGGUCCCAAGAUUCAACAUGAUCAUCAUGUGUUUAUCAUCUUCGGAUAAAGCUGAACUUGCCAAGAUAUGGGAUGAAGUAUUUAGCAGGGGAACUGCAGAGAAUGCUAAGAUUCUCUCUGCGCUGCGGAUGAAGUACGGCCUUAAUCAAUGAGGUUAUAGGGCAUGUAUACCUAAUCGUAUCACUUGCACAUUGUGUGGUUGUGCAUAUAGAGGUCAUGAUGAUAUUAACUCUGCAGAUUUCGGAAUUCGAUGUUUUACUUCGUAUUAAUCUAUGAUGCUCUUUUUUGGCCUUUUUUUGGAGUGCAAGUUGAAAUCAGUGUAUGUGGAGUGCUCCCUCUUCCCAAAAGCCAAGUCCCCAGCAUUUCACAAAAGAUUUUUGUUGUUCAAAAUGUCAUAUUUCAGAAGAUGGUGCCAAUGAAUUUUCAAACUAAAGUUUAACUUCAAGU